AUGAGCGCUGGAAAAGGGGCCGGACGGACAGGCCAUGCUGCCCCCUCCCCCGACCCCUCUCCGCCGGGCGGGGAGGGAGCGAGGGAGGAGGGCCCGGCGGGCACAACCUGCCCGGCUCCUCCCACCCCCGCCGGCCCGCCGGCCGCCCUGCGCAUAAAACCCGCCGGCGGCGCCGGGGCCGAGCACCGGGAGCCGCGCCCGCACCGCGCCUGGGGAGUGCGCCCGGCCCCGGGCGCGGCGGCGGCGGGAGCAGCCCGGGAGCCCGGCGGCCGCUUUGUCCCUGGCCGCGGCGCCCGCACCUGCCCCGGGGCGGCGGGCGGACAAAGGGUGGCGGGCCCGGCCUGGCUCGCUGCGCUCGGGCUCGCCGCGGCGGACCCCGGAGACCUCGGCCCGGUGUCCCCAUCCUCCCCACCACCACCACCACCCCCGGGGUCUCAGGGCGCCGGCACCGGACGAGUCAAAGCGGGCGCGGGGAGGGCCCGGGACCGGCCCCUCCGAGGGCGCUCCCAGGGCGGGAGUGGGGCUGGCCCCCAGCCGGGAGCCGGGCACCGGGGACCCCCGGCACCUGCACCCGAAGCGCCUUCCCGGCGCCCCGGUCCCUCCAUUCCCCCCCCCCCCCACAGCCCGCGGGGAGCGGAGGGUGCCCGGAGGGUACGGCGGUGCCCGGAGCGGAGCCGCUGCUGGAGCCCCCCGCAGCACCAGGUACGCAGAGCCCAGCCUGCGCCCUCCGCCCGCGGAUCCCCACGGAGGGCGGCCGGGCUGGCCCCCGGGUCACCGCGCAGCUUCUCCUUCGUACAAAUUGACAGGCAGAGUCGUGCCAAGCUCCAGCCUCGCUCCACUGCCACACGAGUUCAUCCACAUACUGAUGGCUUCUGGAGCAGGUCCGCGUGCUCUCUGCCACUGCUCUUGGGCAACCCGGCCCGGGGGGCUGGAGGAGCUCGGCCAGGAACAAAUGAAACGCUGGUUGUCACCUGUAAAGCUGAAGUCAGGGCUGAAGUCACUGCUUUGGGUGGAGGUGCCCUGAGAGGCAGCUGGGCUGGUGCAGAAGAAAAAUAUAAAUAAUGAUGCGCAGAGGUGAUACAGCAGCUGGCAGCGAUGGGGAAGGGCUGCGCAGCCAGUGGAAGCAGCCAUGCUGAGGCAGCCUCUCGGCCACCUCCUCUUGUAUGUUCUGAGAAACCUGGACGAUGGCUGGCUAUCAGGAAGCCACCGCUGGCGCCUGCCCUGCCACCCAAACUCACUGCUGCUGAGCUCUCCCAUUUGGAUGGCAAAUACUCCAAACGGGGGGACUGACAUUUUCAAGUCACCUGGCACAAGUUUUACGCUCCAUAAUUGCCCAACAUAGGCACAGUACUAAUGCUAAUUAAACACAAGAAAGAAACAAGUAACAAGAGCUCAGCGUUGGACACACUAAAGGAUAACAUCUCUUGGUUUACUGCCAGUGUAUUGCUAUAAUUUUAAAUAUGUGUUAUUUAUGAGACAGAUAAAGCAGAGCACUCUGAGGGACACAGUGUGAAGAUGCUUCACUCUUAUCUUUUUUUGCAUUAUGUUUAUUCUCUUUUUCUCCACCAAAAUAAUAUUGGGGAAGGGAGAAUAGAACCAAUGUGAGUUAACAUCUGUGAACAUCAGAGGAAGAAAAAGCAAGCCUUCAGGAGGAUUUGGAUAGAGGAUGCGGUUGGACUUGCAUCACUGGGAAUGACACUGUACCAUGUAACUUAUUCCGAGGCCCUUUCCAAACCAUACACGCAAUGUUUUGUAUUUCUACCUUAGGACCCCAAAAUGCUUUGUAAAUAUCAAUUCAUUUAUCUCUGUAACACACCAGACAGCGGGUCUUGAAGAAUCUGUUGAUUAGUGACAGUAGGAAGCUUUCCUCACAGAGAAGUAAAUAUAUAAAACAUUCUGGACCUUAUGAUUGGAAAGAUGAUCUGCCGAAUAUAAAAUAAUGCAGCAUUGUAUUCCUGGGGCUGCAGACAGACAGCUGUAGUGCCUCUGUGGCUGCUGCUGAGAGGUUGCCAAACACCAGCGAGAUUAACAAAACUGCUCAGUUUUCUUGCUGCUAUUCAGCGUCUCGUGUGUGGUAGAGUGACACUAUCAAAAUCAUGUCCACUUCCUGCUGAGGAGGAUGAUUGGCAAAGCUCUGCCCAGCACCACUGGCAGACACUGGAGUUAUUCAUGGUGAGAGGGAGGUUCCAAAAAGUGGAGUUUAGGGGAGGGGCAGGACAGCAGCCACCUCUUUUCCUCCCUCAUCAUAUAAGGCUUAAGGAGAGAUUGUGUCUUGGAGACCUGUCUCUAGCCAGGAGGUUUUGGCAGUCGGGUGCUACG